CGGAGGCCCCGGGGGGCCCCGGCCUCUCCGGCCUGGCCCACAGCCUGUCCUCCGUCCCGGAGAAGCUGGCCCAGCUGCCCAGCAGAACCCAGCAGAGCUUCCUGAACAUCCGGAACCGCCUCAACAGCCUCAUGCCACAAGAUGCCUAAGAACCGGAACCAGAACAGGAAGCAGCCGGACUUAGAACUUACCCACUUCCUGCGACACCCCCCGGCGCCCCCUCCUCAUCCUCAGUCGCCCUCCCCUUGCUCCUCCCCCCCCACCCUGCCCAACGUGCCGUCCUACCCCCGCCUGCCGCCCAUCGCCAGCCCGCCGCGCCCGCUCUCCGGCCUCGCUAACCCCGCCUUCUUCAUCGAGGAUGACUCAGACGAUCCUGCAGAGCCGAGCCUCAGCCUCCGGCCCGCGGUGAGCGUGGAGGAUGUCGACCAGGAGGGAGGAGCAGGAGGAGGAGAAGAAGGAGAAGGAGGUGCAGGAGGAGGAGGCGAUGAGAGCAGCAGCCCGGCCCUGGACCCAAAGCUCAGCACCCUGACGGUCCCCGUGGCCCCGGCAGGAGGCCGCCAGAGAGGAGAUAAAGAGUAAGGAAGCUGCCUGGGAGCUCACUCUGUCCAGCAGUUAGAUUUCCAUCAACGUUGCAUAAAUUCACAGAAUCAGUGAAUGCAAGUGAAACGUUUUGACCCAAAAGGAGAUGAGUUCAUCCAGAAAACCACCUCUAAAGGAUUCUCUGAUAAAAAUAAAAUGUGAUUUUGGACAGAAACGUUUCACGCUGUUGCCUCCUGCACUGCCCCCUGCUGUCCGUCUUCUGGCUCUGCGGUUUUGUUCUGCAGGAACGAUCCAAACGUUUUGAUUUCAUCUGCUCUAAUCUGGACAAAACGAUGCGCACAAGUAGCGCUGGGCCGAGUUGAUGCAGAACUGAUGCUUGUUGCUGUGGCGACUUCUCUGUACGGCUUUCUGCUUCUUCCUCCUCGGUGGGAGGAAGCGCCGGACCGUCUGGACCAAGACAAACCUGCAGGCCCAGAGCGAAGAUGAUGAUGAAGAAGUCAGCAUACCGGUCCGAGCCUGGCCCAGUGAGUCCAGUCUGUGCAGCGCCGAUGGCAUGUAAG